AUGAAGUUUGGUCAGCAUCUUGAGCGGGAAUCCGUUCCCGAAUGGAGUCUUCACAACCUCGACUACAACUCGCUCAAGCAUGAGAUCAAAGUACAUACGACCCGCGACCAGGCCACCGCCAUGGCCAUCCCCGGCCACAAGGACGAGGCUCUGACGCGAUUCGAGGAUGGACUGUACAUGGAGCUUGGUCGACAGCAUGAGCGCCUGCAUCUUUUCGUCUGCAGCAAGGCCGACGAGAUCUCCCGGCGGUUAGAACACCUUGCCAAGAGCAUCAACCGAUGGGCCUCCAAGCCCCAAGACGAAAUGACGGAGGAUUCGGCCAUUAAGCACCAGAGGAGGUUUGCCAAGUACGAACGGGAGCUGCUUCGUUGCGGAGGCGACAUUCAGGCCCUGGAGCGCUUCGUCAAGGCCCAGACUGUCGCGUUCCGCAAAAUAACCAAGAAGUACAAGAAAUGGACCGGCUCUACGACCCUCGGCACCCGCCUGUACGAGAACAUCCUCUCGGACCCCAAGAGUUUUACCCGUCGCGACUUUUCUCCCCUCCAACAACGCUAUGACGAAAUUACGUGCACUCUUCACGCCGCCGCCCCCGUCCUGAGCGAGCCCAGCUCCCCUGAAUCCUUGGCCCAAUCCUAUCGCCGCAACUCACUGGCGGCCUCUUACAACUCCAACGCCUAUCCUUCAGAACAGCCGUCUAGCCGGCCUCGCCCCGAAUUUGAUGUCUUGCCGCCUCCCCAAAUACCAGAGCGGGUCAAGUACUGGAACGAAUAUGACGACGGCAGCGAAUGCGCAGGCGAUGAUGAUGGAUAUGCAAUUUAUAUUAACCCAGACGACGAUACAAGCUUUCCGGGAUUCGACUAUUUACACACUAUCUUCAAGGGCCCCCUCGAAAAGGCCAAGCGUUGGUUCAAACCCAACCGGCAUGGAGAGCGACAGUCCCUCCUUGGUGCCAACCACUCGCCGAACCAGUACUCCAGUACCGCUUUCAACAGCGAAUCCGACGAGGAAGGGGGAUACGCCAGCUCGGACGGGUUCCCUACGACUGGUUAUGCUACCCACUACGCCCUCCCCAGCCUCAGUCAACAGGAGGCGAGCCGAUAUCGCGAAAAGACCUUGUUCUGGGGCACCGUCUGCUCCUUCGCCGUAUCCUAUCUCCUACUCCUCAUCGCCGGCACCCUUAUCUCUACGGGCCGACACAGGCUUCGUGUCGAGGUUGAUGCUGGCGUCACUGUCGGUGUGGUUGCCAGUUUGUUCUCUGCGUGCAGUGCUCUGGGUAUGACACUGUAUCGACGUGACCCGCUGUCACUCCCUUAUCAGCUGUUGGUCUGGGUCGCCUUUAUCUCGGCCUGUCUCCUCAACGGCAUCCUGCUGAUUCUUGUCGUGGGGAACGCCCCCUGA